AUGAAGAAUGUGCACGUCUCGACAAUUGGAUAUCUAACAAAAGGUUCACACCCCGUGGUGCUAUUUGUCCAAUCCCAAUAUUGGACUCGAAAUUCCGUUUUCUUUCCACAGAUAUCAAAUAGUGAAAUAGCCGGUGUUGAUGUAAGAAUAUUUAAACCACAAGGUGUAACAGGAUUAGUACCAGGCUUCAUUUAUCUUCAUGGUGGAAGCUGGAGUAUGCUUGAUUCUGAAACUUACGACAAUCCCCUGUCUAAUAUUUCAAGGGAACUGAAUGUGGUCGUCAUAGGAGUGGACUACAGACUUGCUCCAGAAUUCCCCUUCCCUUAUCCAUAUGACGAUUGUUUAGCUGUUACUAAGUUUAUAUUAAAUAAUGGUGAAUUGUAUGGUAUUGAUACAAUGCGUGUCGGAAUUGGAGGUGACAGUGCAGGGGGUAAUUUAGCAGCCGCUGUUCUGUAUACAUUACGAAAUGAACAACAGCAACCAGCAGUCAAAAGCCAUGUUUCUAUUUAUGGUGUUCUACAGGUAUGUGAUUUCACACUGCCUAUAUAUCAAACUAGAGCUAAAUAUGAGAAACAUUUUAAGGCACAAGCUUUAUAUUUGACUGGGCUGUAUUUAAAUUUGACCGAAAGUCAGUUGGAUUUGUUUAUGUAUGGUGAUUUUUCAACGCCAGAGUUAGAUACACUGUGUAAAAAAUAUGUGAACUUGAACUAUUUGCCAUCGGAAUUAUUGUUUGAAGGAUAUGAACGUGGUGAUCAUGUUGCUGAGGAGGUUACUGAAGAUGUACGAACGCUAUCAAAGAUUGUAGCAAACCCGCUUAUUUCACCAUUAUUAGUGGAAGAUUUGAGUGGUUUACCCACAACUCUGGUGUUGUCUGUAGGUUGGGAUAUUUUAGGAGAUGAGAAUCAGAUCUAUGCUGGUAGAUUGAAGGCUGCUGGUGUGAAAGUGACUAGUGUUCAUAUGAAGGAAUCAUUCCACGGAUGUUUUAACCUAUAUCAUAUAGGUUUCAGAUCUGGUGUUAGGGCAUUAAACACUGUCAAGAAAUUCUUAAAAGAGACACUAUAA